GAGUGCGCAUGCGCAGGUAUCACUUUCCGUGGAAAAUGGCGGACGGAGCGGAGUCUGAGGCGGCGCCCGAGUCUGGAGAGGGAGGCCUUCUGGCCGAACUCCUCUCCCCGAUCAACCUUUUCCUCAUCUUCCUGUGCCUCUAUCUGCUCUACAAGAUCGUAGGCGGGCGCCGCCCGGCGUCAGUGCCGAGCAAGCCGCGGCUGCCGCCGAUGAAGAAGCGGGACUUCAGCCCGCAGGAGUUGCAGAAGUUCGACGGCCGGGGCGAGCCGGAGACCGAGGCGGGCCGCAUCCUCAUCGCUGUAAACGGCAAGGUCUUCGAUGUCAGCCGAGGGAGGGCCUUCUACGGGCCGGAGGGUCCAUAUGGAAUCUUUGCCGGGCGGGAUGCGUCGCGUGGGCUGGGGACGUUCUCCGUGGACAAGGAAGCUAUUCGUGACGAGUACGACGAUCUGUCCGACCUGAACGCCAUGCAGUGGGAGAGCAUCCGGGAGUGGGAGCAACAGUUCCAAGCUGCCUAA